GGGGAUCAGAUCGUCGGCGCCACCGUUUACUUUGACAACCUGCAAUCCGGGGAAGUGGCCCAACUUCUCAACAGCAUGGGCCACCACACGGUGGGGUUGCGCUUGCAACGGAAAGGGGACAGAUCGCCGCUGCCGGGACAGUCCUGGUCACACGACGCCUUCGCCGCCACCAUCCCCGAAGUCGACGUUGACGUCGGCAAGGGAAAAGUCAAAAUACCGCACAUGACCUUUCCAAAAUUCACCGCCUUGGGGUCACAAGGGGAAGGUCCCGUCGCGGAGAUGGCGUUCCCGAAGGGGGAGGUGGGACUGGCAACCCCCGAGGUCGACGUCGGCCUUCCCGACGUGGCCGUCAAAGGGGAAUGGAAAGGCCCCAAGUUCAAGAAGGUUGAAACGCCCCAAAUCUCUCUGUCGGACGUAAACCUGAACCUGAAAGGCCCUCAGGUGAAGGGAGACGUGGGCGUCACCGUCCCCAGAGCGGAAUGGGACGUCAAAGGACUCGGCCCUAAGGGUCUCAAGAUGGACGCGAAGGCUCCCGAUGGUGAAUUCGAAAGCCCGGAGCGUUCCCUGAAAGGGCCCGGCGCGUCUGCGCCGGAUACGGACGUUCACGCCAAGGGACCUAAGCUUAAGGGCGAAGUGGAUGUUUCUAUCCCAAAGACGGGCGGCACCUUGAAAGGACCUCAGCUUGACGUUGAAGGCCCCAAACUGGGAAUGGCCGCGCCUGGCGUCGAUGUCAAAGGCCCCAAA